UCUCAUCGAGUCCAUAUCAUUUAAUUUCUCAGUAAAUCCUAAGUGAAGAAAAUGGCUAGCUCAGGAUUUUUUGCCUGUCUGGUGCUACUAUUAUUGCUUUCAUUUCCGUGGUGUGAAACUCGUCCUCUUACUCCAUAUAUAGAGGGGAGGAACUUAAUUGCUUCAAUUCAAGCAAUAGCUGCUAAGGAGGCUCUGAACAAUAGAGAGGCAAAACUGAUUGGCUCCGCAUCAGCAACUGCGGAAGCUUGGACCAAUAUAAAUGUAAGUGGAUACAUCAACAAGGGCCUGUAUGGUUCGAAACGGCUGAGUCCUGGUGGUCCAGAUCCGGAGCAUCAUUGGUGAAGAAUUUUCUAGAAAUAAUCAAGGAUUUUCCGGAAGAAAGAAAAGAUUCUUCCCAUGCUGCAUUGCGGCUGGUAGUUUCGAUUGCAUGUUGGCAUCACAUUGUGCAUCAGCUCCUAAUAUUUUCUGUCUGGGGAAUGCUUGUAGGCUCGAUGAGUCUCCUUUUCCUUCUUUGUUCCUUUGGUUUUCUUCUACUGUUUUGUUCUUUGCAUUUAAUAAAGGAAAAGGCUGUGU